AUGUCUGUGUUAGUGGAAACAACGAGUCCCCCAAAGAUGUUAGGCAAGAAGAAACUUCAUUUGAUGGUCGAUACUAAAUCUCCCUCCACAUUUAAGCGCCUAAAAGUUGAUGCUACCCGCAAUUUUCCUGAAAAUUGUGGUUCAUUUAAUUGUGGUCUAUUUGUUUGUCAAAACAACGGAACCAGAGAGAUGUACCCGGAAUUUCCAUCCAAUACCAAGCGUGUAAAAGUAGACUCUAUGAGGAGUUUUCCUGAGAAGUGUGGCCCCUGUGUAUCUCAAAAGAGGAAUGGAAGUGAUACUCAAUGCUCUGUUGACGCUGAUAGCAAAAGUUGUUCUGAAGUAGCUAAAAAUGUGGUUGAGUCAGCUGAGUCAAGUAAUUUUGAGGCAACUGGUGCGCGUCCAAAAGAGGCUGGUGGUUCAAGUCAUUUAAAUACCUCAUGUCGACCUACUAAUGGAAACCAACCUUUGAAAUUGAAAGAAGAAAAUCUUAUGUGUGAUGAAUCUACUCAACAGCAUGAAGUAUUGGCUAGUCAGGCUCUCCAAAAGCCGUCAACUGAUACAAGAAAUACAUGUGAUUGGUUUAUAAAAGAUGAGCCUAUUGAAAAUGGACCGGAAUUGCCUGCUAUUGUUUCACAAGAAAAUCUAAUCGAAGCUCGAAAUGAACCUAGUAAGGAAACAAGCCAGAGAGUUCACCACGAAGAAGUUUCUGACGAUGAGUCCAGGAGUUGGGUAGAUGAUGAUGACAUUUCCAUUUUAACAUGCUCCGAGUGGAAGAAAGGUGGCAAGGACGGUGAGAUCUUACACAAGUGCUCAAAUAUUUUAGAAGAUGCAGUUGAUUUCAAGCCAUUGCCUGACAUGAUACGUCCUGAGCAGCACGAUGAAAUGAACAAAGGCCAUUAUUUUUUCUAUAAGGAUUGGGAUCAAUAUGAAUCUGUGGUCAUGUGUGGUGUUUCUGGUCAUGGAUUGUCAACUGAAUAUGAACAUAUUCAUAAAGUAAAAGUAGUUAGAGAGACUCUGAAACUUUUUGAUGACAUAUAUACUAAACUUUUGCGAGAAGAUAAAGCAGAGAAACAUGAAGGACGAUCCAAAAGAAAUAUCCAUAUAGAGGCAGCAAUGACUUUGAAAAAUCAGAAAAAGUGGGUAAAUUGUGAGUGGACUUUUGGACAUGUUCCUGGAAUUGAAAUUGGGGAUCAAUUCCGGUUCAGGGCAGAACUUGUUACGAUCGGAUUACAUCACCAAUUUAUGAAUGGUAUCAAUUAUGUGAAUAUUGGCAGAAAAUAUGUUGCAACAAGCAUUGUUGAUUCUGGUCGGUACGAUAACGAGGCCAUAUCUUCUGAAACAUUCAUUUAUGUAGGUCAAGGCGGGAAUCCAAAAGUAUCUGUUAAUGCGAGAGUGGAAGAUCAAAAGCUUAAAGGGGGUAAUCUUGCCUUGAAGAACUCCAUGGACAUGGGAUGUCCGGUGAGGGUUAUUUGUGGUCGAAAAAGAGUGAAUGGUGAAAAGAGUGAUAUAAGAUACAUUUACAGUGGGCUCUACACUGUGACCAAGUGUUGGGAAGAAAUAGCUCCAACUGGAAAAUACAUUUUCAAGUUUGAAUUGAAAAGAAAUCUUGGCCAACCAAAACUUGCUCGUGAACUAAUGUCACGGCCAGCAAAGUUAGUCAAGGUAAAUCAAUUUCGUGUCAACAAGGCAAAAAAAUCGAUUUUGCAGUCGGAGUUUGUUGUGGACUAUGAUGUCUCCCAAGGAAAAGAGAAGAUACCAAUCCCUGUUGUCAAUGCAAUAGAUGAUGAGAGACUCCCAUCAUUUACUUACAUUACCAACAUACAAUAUCCAGAUUGGUAUUACAUCUCUAGGCCUCAAGGUUGCAAUUGCACAAGUGGAUGCUCGGAUUCUGAGCAAUGCUCUUGUGCUUCUAGGAACGGAGGUGAGAUUCCAUUCAACACAAGAGGCUCUAUUGUUAGAGCACAACCUCUUGUUUAUGAGUGUGGCCCAUCUUGCAAAUGUCCACCUUCUUGCAAAAAUAGAGUUAGCCAACAUGGUCCUCGAUACCAUUUGGAGGUUUUCAAGACCAAAUCGAGAGGAUGGGGUUUGAGGUCACGAGAUCAUGUCUCAUCCGGAAGUUUUAUAUGUGAAUAUGUUGGGGAGUUGCUUGAUGUAAAGGAAGCUGAAAGUAGAAUAGAUAAUGAUGAGUACUUGUUUGAUGUUGGCAACUAUGAUGAAGAAAUCCCAAAAAGGAAUCCUAUGCGUAAUAAUAACCUUAAAGUUGAGUCAGAUUCUUUGCGGAGGAAGGAUGAAGAUGGCUUUACCCUUGAUGCGGUUCGAUAUGGGAAUGUUGGAAGAUUUAUCAACCAUAGUUGCUCACCAAACCUUUAUGCUCAAAAUGUCAUGUAUUACCAUGGUGAUAGGAGAGUACCUCAUAUAAUGUUUUUCGCUUCUAAGAGUAUUGCUCCAUUAGAGGAGUUUACUUAUCACUACAACUAUGACCAUGUUUAUGAUAAAAAUUGUAAUCUGAAGAGAGAGAAUUGUAGAUGUGGCUCUCGGAAGUGCGAGGGGAGAAUGUACUAAAGAAUUACUCAUGUAAUACUAUCCCUCUUGACAUGAUGUUUAAAGUAUAAUUUUUAUAAUC